AUCGUGAGAGCUCAUACAAAAGGGGUUUUAUAUAGUUAGUGAAAAAAGAAAACCAGCCACAGCAAUCAUGCAAAUCAUGUCACUGAAAAGUCCUUGUGAGGGAAUGCUAAGGCUGCUGUGUUUCGGGUGAGGUAGCACGCCACAAGUAAUUUUCCUUUUCAUUUAGGAGCGAGACUGUAGUGACUAUGGCACAGUCAUGCAUUCUACAGGAGGUUUUGUUGAAGCGCUCACAGCAAAAGAGAAAGAUAUCACCAAAUAAUUACAAGGAGCGACUGUUCAUUCUAACAAAAUAUGCUCUUACAUACUAUGAAAAUAACAAAGUGAAAAAGGGAAGCAAGAAAGGAUCGAUUGCCAUUAAAAAAAUGAAAUACGUUGCACCUGUAGAUGUAGAAGAAAAUGAUCCAGUGGAGAGACAGUUUCCUAUUCAGAUUGUAUACAGUAAUGGAAUUCUAUAUGUUUAUGCUAAAAAUGAAGAACGUCAACAUGCAUGGAUGCAAACAUUAAUGAAAGAGAUUUUGACUCCACUUGAUGUAAUGCUGAAAUAUCACUGCAAAUUCUUUACUGAAGGCAAGUUUGAGUGCUGUAAACAAAGCUGUAAAACAGCCCCCGGAUGCACAGUUCUUGAACUUAUAAAGCAUUUAAAAGAACAGUUAAGUCUACCUCCAGUUCCUAGAAGGGGUACGAGUUCCAUGAAGAUCGUUUGUGCACUUUAUGAUUAUGAAGCUGUUGACCAGAAGGACUUGCCCCUGACAGAAGGACAGAAAUAUUAUGUGAUAAAUGAGGACGAUCCAAACUGGUGGAAAGUCAAAGAUAUUUCGGGGCAAGAAGGAUAUGUGCCUAGCAACUACUUGUCAGAAAGCAAAGAAGACAUGAAUGAACCAGGUGAAGAUCCUGAUGAUGAAUCGGUCCCCAUGUCAAAGAAUAUUAAAGAUUAUGACUGGUAUACAGAGAAGUUAUCAAGGUCACAAUCAGAACAACUACUCCGACAAAAGGGUAAAGAAGGAGCAUUCCUGGUCCGUGAUUCUUCCCAGGCUGGAAAAUACACAGUAUCUCUGCUCACCUUUGCUGAGGAUAAGAAUGGAGGAAUCCGACACUACCACAUAUGCAGAUCCAGUGACAAGAAAUAUUACAUAGCUGAGGGUUAUGUGUUUGAAACGGUUCCAGAACUUAUUUAUUAUCACAUGCACAAUUCCGCAGGAAUAAUUACAAGACUUCGACAUCCGGUCUCAGCAAAGGCCAACAAGAUUCCAGAUUCAAUUUCAUUUAAAGACGGAAAAUGGGAGCUGAAGCGUGAGGAUAUUGUUCUUGUGAAGGAGUUGGGAAGUGGCCAAUUUGGAGUCGUGCAGCUUGGCAAAUGGAAAAAGAAAUAUGAUGUUGCCAUUAAAAUGAUAAAGGAAGGCUGUAUGUCAGAAGAUGAAUUCCUUGAAGAAGCCAAGGUUAUGAUGAAAAUUAAGCACCCAAGGUUGGUACAGCUGUACGGAGUAUGCACCAAUAAGUAUCCAAUCUACAUAGUGACUGAGUUCAUGGCUAAUGGAUGCCUACUUGACUACAUGAAGAAAUGUGGGAAGGAACUACAGCCAUUUCAUCUGCUCCACAUGUGCCAAGAUAUUUGUGAAGCUAUGGACUUCUUAGAAAGCAAGCAGUUCAUACACAGAGAUCUGGCUGCCAGAAAUUGCCUGGUUGAUAGUGAUCUCACAGUAAAAGUGUCUGACUUUGGGAUGGCAAGGUAUGUUUUGGAUGACCAGUAUACCAGUUCAGCAGGGACCAAGUUUCCCGUGAAAUGGUCUGCACCUGAAAUAUUUCAUUAUUCCAAGUUCAGUAGCAAGUCUGAUGUCUGGGCAUAUGGUAUUCUUAUGUGGGAGAUCUUCACACUAGGAAAGCAGCCUUAUGACCUCCUUGACAAUACUCAGGUGGUACAGAAGGUUACUCAAGGCUAUCGCCUGUACAGACCACAACAUGCUACAGAUGAGGUCUAUCAGAUAAUGUACAGCUGCUGGGCAGAGGUGCCAGAGAAUCGCCCUACAUUUCAUGACCUAUUACAAAAAAUUAAACCACUUCUAGAUGACUGAAACUACUAUGGAAAGAAGGCAUUCCUUUAUCUUACUAAAGCUCAGCUGGACAUGACUAUGUUACAACCACUACUUGAUUUAAUUUAUUUAAAAUUAAUAUGAGUUUAAGCUUCAUCUUAGCUCUUUGUGCCAUACUAGUUCACAUGGAACUCUACUACCUUAUGUUUUAAAGUGAAAAAAAUACUACUAUAAAUAAAAAAUUGGUCCAUAAUAGUGUGAUAUAGAAUGUAUAAUGAUAAUAGUAGAAUGUAUAAUAAUAAUAAUAAUAAUAAUAAUAAUAAUAAUAAUGUUCUGUUUAUGUUAAUAAUCAGUUUCUGUUUUAUGUCUGAAAUUACUAAGUCAGUGUGUGUGUGUCUGUGUGUGUGCGCGCGUGUGUGUGUGUGUGUGUGUGUGUGUGUGUGUGUGUGUGUGUGUGUGUGUGUGUAUGCUGUAUUUAUUUUCAUAUUGUGUUAUUAAAUGUAUUUAUUGUAAGCCAUUUACCUUUUUCCCUUAACAUUCAUACAAUGAUAUAUAUUAGCAGGAAAGCUGUACAUGACAGUCUCUUUAUAAUGAAAUCCUAUUCUAUUGAAGAUACCUUUACUUCUCGGACUGAAUGAAUGCACUCAUCAUGAUGAAAUAUAUGAAUCCUCAUAUCAUAAUGUAAAUAAAAUGUGUGCUGUGUAAUAAACAUGCUUCACUUG